GGGGCGCCAAGAUUCCACUCAUCAGCAAAGCUGAGAGAGACCUGCUAUUACGCAGCAGGAAAUGUACACUUCUUCAACACUGCAAGCUUCGACUCUUCAACCGUUACAGUUCAUCCAUAGGGCCAGCCACGAGCCAAGAGCAUCUUGACGACCGCGACGCCGCUACAGAUUCUGAGACUUCCGCUCAGCGUGCUGUACUUACACAAAAGCACCCAAACCAUCGCCCGAUCGCGCAUGCACACGCAAGGCGCUGAGCAUCUGGCUUCGCUCCACGCAGAGCAUUCAUUCAAAGUUUAAGAUGCAGAAAGCUGCGGCUGCAGCGACCGGGCUGAGAGAGGACACGCUUAUGGCCGACAGCGAAGCUGCGCUGUCUGUUGCUGUGCCGCCUUCGUGCGGGGCGGGAGGCGCAACUUGGAUGGCGGUAUCCUCUGGCCCAGAGCAUGACAACAUUGCCAGUCAACCGGGCAUGCCUGAUGAGGACCAAUCGCGCACAAGCGAAGGCGUAGAAGACGUUGAAGUGGAAGGGGUGAUGUACGAAGGCCAACUGUCGAGAGUAGGGGCCUCGGGCUUGGUUGCGGGGCGAUCGCAUGGAGACUACCACGGCCGAGGGCAAGGUCGUAAUGAGCGACUGCUGGAUAGCGACAUUCGCGACAAGUACCUCUGCGAGCUAGGAGACAUCUUCAGCGACGGCAUCAUGGUACCAUCUGCUACCUUGGUCUCUCCUGAAGAGUCAGGAAGCCGCCCGUCUACUCGCACUGUGCCGAAAACAUAAUUUCGAUGCGAUCUGUCUGCGUCUAUCUCGCACAAUACCUGUCUUUUCGCAUCCUCAGCAUCUGUAUCAUAAACACGUGCAAUACUCGUCUGCUA